AUGGCAUCUCCCUCUGGUAAUCGCGUUAUCGCGGUGACCGAAGCUUUUACAGUUGUUGCAGGAGCCGUCGUGUUUCUUCGCUUAUUUACUCGUGUCGCCGUCCUUCGAAAUGCUGGCUUCGAAGAUGUUUGUAUUACUGUUGCUAUGGCUUGUUCCAUAGGUCUCACAGUCACAAUAGCCGAACAAGUUCGGAACGGAAUGGGGAUGCACAUUACAACACUCACGCCUACAAUGAUAAUUGAUUCUCAAAAGGCUUUUUGGGCAAGCAUAUGGAUUUACAACCUCUCCCUAACAUUCACGAAACUAUCAAUCCUCGUGCAAUUUCUACGAAUUUUCCCGACUCGCCGCUUCCGCUUCAUUUGUUUCAUCCUGGCAGGCUUCAUUGGGACAUUUGGAAUCUGGACCUUUUUUGGAAGCAUCUUCCUGUGUUCCCCAAUCGAAUUCUUCUGGGAUAAAACAACCAAAGGCGGAACAUGUUUGAACCAGUUUGUUAUCUGGUAUCUUAAUGCUGGUGUGAAUAUCGUUCAGGAUUUUGCCAUUCUCAUUCUUCCAAUACCAGUGCUGCGCACACUGAAUAUUCCAAAGGGUCAGAAGAGAGCGCUUAUUAUCAUCUUCGCUCUUGGUGGAUUCGUCUGUCUCAUAUCAAUAAUCCGCCUUCAGACUCUUGUCCGGAUCUCCAACUCUAAGGACCCUACCUUCGAUAACCCUCCCGCCGCAACCUUUUCAGUAGUAGAAGUCAACGUUGGAAUCGUCUGCGCAUGCCUUCCUUCCCUCCGACCCCUAUUCGCCCAUAUGCUUCCUUCCUAUUUUCCACCCAUACCACAACUCAAUACUAGUCGAAGAAACGACGAAGAGCGACAACAGCCAAAGCACCUUCGAACACUCUCCUCUCAAACCCACCCAUACACAGCAGGCGAGUCUAGUAGACCCAGCUAUUCUCGCGGUGGUGCAACCAACACAACAUGGUCCCGCAAUGAAAGCGAACUGGAGCAAAUGUAUAAUCAUCAAGCCACGGUAUUGGGUACGGGUACCAGAAUAAAUGGCCCUGUUCGACAGGUCACGAUAAAUCACACGCCGCGAAUUUCUUCUAGCCAUCCGGCGCCAAGGUUACCAAGAUUGCCAGAGAACCUAGCCACCAUUGGUUCUGUAGGAGCGUCACGACCAAGUUCGAAGCACUCAAGGCGUAGUUCCGGACCUAGAAAUCAUAGCCGAAAACACCAUGCGCGGAAUUCGAGCCUUCACAAACCGCUUCCCAUCACUCCUUUCCCGGUCCUUGAACCAUGGAACAGAUGA